AGAGAGAGAGAGAGAGAGGAAGAGAUUUAGAAAGAAAAUGUGAGAGAGAGAGAGGAAGAGAUUGAGAAAGAAAAUGUGAGAGAGAGAGAGAGAGAGAGAGAGAGAGAGGAAGAGAUUGAGAUAGGAAGCGAUAAAGAGAGAGGGAAAGAGAGAGAGAUAGACAGGGAGAGACAGAGGGAGAAGGAAGAAGACGAGAGGGACACAGAGAUAUAUAGAACGAGAGAGGAAGACAGAGAUAGAUAG